GGCAAAGUGUGGAGGGAUCGGGCUGAGCCCGCAGUUCCUGCCGAGCGAUGCCCCCCGGAUCCAUGCGGUGACAGCACAGCCAUGCCGGGGCUACCAGCUCUGCUCCUCAUCGCCUGCUGCCUGGAGCUGCUGCCAGGGGCCCCUGCUGCACCCCCCGGGGCCCCCCAGAGACCGCCACCUGCAAAGGCGAUUGGAGGAUCCCCCGAGUUCUCUCCACCCAGUCAGGAAACGCAUCGGUGGAGAGAAGCUCCAGACAGACCUUCCAGACGCCGGAGGUCACUGAGUGAGGUUAAAGGUCGGCCCCUCCCCUCCUCCAGCAGCUUUUCUCAAGGAGAUUUACAGAGUCUGUCGGAGGCCAAUCUGAGCUCCGAAAACCCAAAUAUUCAGGUCUCUAUCGAGGUGGAUCCUGACUCCCAGACCGAGUUUGAGCUGGACCUGUCUGACUCCCGCACCGACUGGGCCUCCCAGCAUGAGCUUUUCUGGCCCCUGUUUUGGGAAUACAACGACCUCUCUGAGGGCGAGACCACAACAAUCGGGACAGACGCCCCCGAGGACACCAGAGACUUCUCCUCACAGUAUGAGUGGGAGGACAAUGUCCUCAGUGGAGUGGGAGCAGAGACUAAUCCACGUGAGAAUAACUGGUUGUCUGAGGACAAGUAUCAGUACGAUUAUGAGGAGGAGGAGUGGAGUUCUUGGUCCCCAUGCAGCGCCACCUGCGGUCGCCCCAGUCAGAAACGUACCAGAUCCUGUGGCUACGGCUGCUCUGCCACCGAGUCCCGAGUCUGUGAUCUCCCACUGUGCCCAGGAGAGGAGACACCUGAGAAUCUGACCCAGGGCACCCCGAACAGUGCGACAGCUUCGCCUGACUCGGACGCCUGUGACCGCUGGCUGACCUGUAAAAGUGACUUCCUGAGCAGCUAUUUGCACCGUGUCCUCACAGAACUGCCCAGCUGCCCCUGCUCCUUCCCGUCAGAGGCAGUUUACGGCUCACUAACCCUGCGCGAUGAAGCUCUAGGACGCAGUUUUCGAUGGAGAGAUGCCAGCGGGGGCCGAGAGAGACUGGAUAUUUAUACCCCAGGGGCCACGUUCUGCCUGCGCUCCCUCUUAUCCCGAGACAGCAGCAGCCUGGGAGCUCAGCAUUGCUGCUAUGACCAAUCCAUGAAGCUGCUCACUCGGGGUCGGGGGGCUGGGACCCCCAACCUUAUCAGUGCGGACUUCUCUCCUGAACUUCACUAUAAGGCUGAUGUGUUGCCGUGGAUACUGUGCAAAGGGGACUGGAGCCGUAUCCACUCCCUGCGCCCCCCAAACAAUGGGCGCCGGUGCCAAGAGAACCCCUCGGAAGCCGAAUACCAGGCGCAGCUGCAGGAAGCCCGGGAAUACUAGAGGCAGCGCAUCUCCUGCGCCGUUCAUCGGCAUCCGCUGGCAAUCGCUUGUAAUUUGCCUAAACCUUUUAUAAAUAGCCGUUUCUCUACGCGGUAUUGUUG